AUGAGAGCAGCAGGAGCAAGGUUCAUCCAAUUCUCUUCCCAAAAGUAUGCCGAUGACUCCAUACCUAAACAUGUUUUAGGCUGUGCUCCCAUAGGUCUCUCAGACCAGGAAGUCAAAGAGGUUGAGCUUGCACACCUUCUUUUAGCUUUUGCAGAUAAGGUUGGAAAGCAACAAUAUGAUAGGGCGAGAAAACUGCAGAAUCUAUGCCAUUUCCUAUCUUCCAGCACUGGAAAUACUGUUCAGAGAGUUGUUUAUUAUUUUUCUAAAGCUCUUCGAGAAAGGACAGAUAGGGAAACUGGGAGAAACACGUCUAAGGGCUCAGAAAGUAAGGAUUUACUUGCAAUGCAUUUAGAAAACACAAUUGCUUGUUGUCCUGCUUUCUUUGCUUGUUUCCUCAAACUUCCCUUCUAUCAAGUAACUCAGUUUGCCGGGAUCCAAGCAAUUGUGGAAAGUGUAGCAUCGGCCAAAAGAGUUCAUUUCAUUGACCUUGAGAUCAGAAGUGGGGGGCACUGCAUAGUGUUGAUGCAAGCUCUUGCGUCAAGAUGUGAACAACCAAUUGAGAUGCUAAAAGUUACUGCAGUUGGAAGUGGAACUGCAUCAAGACAAAAGCUAGAGGACACCGGCAAAAGGUUGGCUCAGUUUGCUGAGGCAUUACAUUUGCCCUUUUCAUUUAAAAUAGCAACGGUUACAGACAUCAACAACCUCAAUGAAGAUGGAUUCGAGUCUGAGGAUGGUGAAGCAACUGCAGUCUACUGUUGUCUAAUGCGAAGCAGCAUGAGGACCCUACCUGAUUGCUUGGAAUCUGCAAUAACAGAGCUCAGAAAGCUCAAUCCAUGUCUAAUGGUGAUCACAGAAAUCGAAGCAAAUCUCUAUUCACCAGUUUUUGAAGACCGUUUCAAUGCAGCGGUCUUCUACUAUAGUGCUUAUUUUGAUUGCCUUGAUGUCUGUAUGGAUAAUUCCAGUCCAUACAGGAGGGAAUUGGAAGAGACUUUUUUGGCGCAACAGAUUACAAAUAUUAUAGCAAGUGAAGAAGAGAGGAAAUUCAGGCACAUGAAGAUUGAUGUUUGGAGGAGUUUGUUUGCAAAGUUUGGAAUGGUGGAAGCGGAGCUUAGCUUGUCAUCGUUGUACCAAGCAGACCUUACUGCUAAGCAAUUUGCAUGUGGGAAAUCAUGCACAUUGGAUAUGAAUGGGAAAUGCCUCACCAUUGGAUGGAAAGGAACAACAAUUCUCUCUCUUUCUUCUUGGAAGUUCCAUGCAGCCUAA